AUGAAAAAUGGCGACUUGCAUAGUUUGAACUUUAGCGCCUGUACACAUAUUGCAAGAAUAGACAACUCCUAGCGAAUGGAACGUUACUCAACAGCAGCAACAUUAUUUCGAGCAUUGAUCCUGGAUUGGAAGUUUAUCAAGGCGGAAUAGUAGUAGUGUGUGGACAGCCCAGCUGCAGCAUGUUGCAGUCAGCCUACAGAGAUGACUUCUGCAGUGUGGAGCAGGAAGAGGUGCUGGAGGCCAAGCGUUUACCCCAGAAGAGAGGGAGGGGGUGGAGCUUCACAGACCUGGAAAGCAGCGUGACCGUGGGCCAGUAUGUACUGUGCCGCUGGUCUGAUGGCCUAUACUACCUGGGGAAGAUCCAGAGAGUGAGUACCUCCAAGCAGAGCUGCUUUGUCACUUUUGAAGAUAAUUCAAAAUUCUGGGUUCUCUGGAAAGACAUCCAACAUGCUGGAGUUCCGGGGGAGGAGCCGAAAUGCUCAGUCUGUUCCGAAAUGGUGCUGGUGUCCGACAAUGAGAUCCUGAUAUGUGGAAAAUGUGGAAUAGGUUACCACCAGCAGUGUCACAUGCCACAGGUGGAGAGCUCAAUGGAUUUGUCACCAUGGUUUUGCAGGAGAUGCAUCUUUGUUUUAGCUGUGCGGAAAGGGGGAGCUCUCAAAAAGGGGCCCAUAGCAAAAGCACUGCAGGCCAUGAAGCAGGUGCUUACCUACAACCCAGAAGAGCUGGAGUGGGAUUCUCAGCACCACACAAAUCACCAACAGUGUUAUUGCUACUGUGGAGGACCUGGGGAGUGGUACUUGAAGAUGCUGCAGUGUUUUCGGUGUGAACAGUGGUUCCAUGAGGCCUGUAUCCAGUGCCUACAGGAGUCCAUGAUGUUUGGAGAUAGGUUUUACUUGUUCAUCUGUUCCGUGUGUAAUAAAGGAGUGGAGUACAUCAAGCGCCUGGCCCUCCGAUGGGUGGAUGUGGUGCACUUGGCACUUUACAACCUGGGAGUCCAGAGUAAGAAGAAGUACUUUGAGCUGGAGGAGAUCCUCAACUUUGUCAGCAACAACUGGGAGCAUUUCCAGUUGGGCAAGCUCUCGAAUACUCCUCCAACAGAAAGAGGCCAAUAUCUCCUUGAUGCUCUGAACAACUACAAGAGCAAGUUUCUCUGUGGGAAGGAGAUCAAGAAGAGGAAAUGCAUCUUCCGCCUGAGGACCCGCGUUCCCCCCAACCCUCCCUCCAAACUCUUCCCCGAGAGGGCCCAGAAUGAGGGAUGUCGAGGACGAAAAAAAGGCGCAGGCAGGAACAGCUCUCUCCCUGCAGAGAAGAGGAGGAAGAAAAGAUCAAAAUGGCUACUGGAGGACGCCAUCCCCAAUAAUGACCUGACCUCCACUUGGAGCACCAACCAUCACAUGGCCAACAUCUUUGACUUCACCAUGGACGAGUUACAAAGCCUCAAAAGCACCAGCUCAGGACGGACCUUCAGUCUGGACCUGGACUCCACAGAUGCGGCUAGUACCACAGGAUCUGCCACCACCAGUGUCUCAUAUGACCUCAGGAAGAAUGUUGGCAGCCGUAAGAGGAAGCUGCCCACCUCUAACUACACGGUGCUGGCCACUAAGAAGGAGGUGGUGGAGAGUGAGCUGAGCCCCAUGGAGCAGAGCCUGCCGGGAGAGGAGGCCGCCUCCGCGAUGCUGGACAACGCCAUCGACAGCCACACCUUCGACAGCAUCAGCGAGGACGACUCGUCCCUCUCUCACCUCAAGUCCUCCAUCACCAACUACUUUGGAGCGGCGGGGCGGCUCACCUGUGGAGAAAAGUACCAGGUGCUGGCCCGCCGGGUCACUCCGGAGGGGAAGGUGCAGUAUCUGGUAGAGUGGGAGGGCACCACGCCCUACUGACCUGGCCGACCAGACGCCCUACUGACCUGGCCGACCAGACGCCCUACUGACCUGGCCGACCAGACGGCCUACUGACCUGGCCGACCAGACGGCCUACUGACCUGGCCGACCAGACGGCCUACUGACCUGGCCGACCAGACGGCCAGACUAGCUGUCUGCAGUUAGGAGGUGUUGCGGAGAAGGGGGGGAGUAAAAGGCAAGAUCGGCCUAGCAAGGCCUACCUAGUUGUACUCAUUGAAUUGUUUCAUGUUGCUUUCUCUUGCGCUACAGUGCUAUUUCAGUAUAUAAUAUGACGAGUAAAAAUGGGUGUUCUCUUCCACCAUAGCUAAGGUUUUUAUUAUUUCAUUUGUAAUUCAACCGGAAAACAGCAAGCAUUGAACAGAAACGUAAAGAUUGAGUACGUUUUUUAUAGGUACGUUGUCUGUUGAACCAAUUUGGUAGCGUCCUCUCAAGCAUCUUCAACAGUAACACAGCCUGAAAAACAGUCCCACUGGGCACAGACGUCAAUUCAACUUCUAUUCUACGUUGGUUCCACGUCAUUUCAUUGAAAUUACAUGGAAACAACGUUGAUUCAACCAAUGUGUGCCCAUUGGGGUGUGCUUUGGUCUUAACUGGAUGAUAGUUUGAGUAGAAGAUUUGUGAUGGUACUGUAAAGGUAAUGUGAGAUAUGGCUCAGGGGUCCAAGAAAUAACAAUACCACUGAUUCUAAAGGAUGGCAGUAAAACUGCUGAAAGAGCACUGCUAAAAUGGGCUGGCAGUCCCUAAACUAAAUUCAGACAACUUCCAAUAAUAUUCUGCUCUAAUAAUAGUUUUUCAGUGUUUUUUUUUAACCUUCUGUUUUGAAUUGUUUCUCUUUAACAGCCAUAUGCCAUCUCUAAGCCACAUUUAACUUGUAGCAAGUUAUACCUUUGUCAACGUUGUGCCUCUCCACUGAUCAUUGAAACCGCAGUUUAAGAGCUUUAUUUAGUACUGUAAUGCCAAGUUUUAGUACAAAUACACGUUUUUUUAUGAAUGUUAUCAGUAAACAGUCGGUUUAUACUUGGUCCUUUCAUUUUCAAAUGUGUUUACAGACAGUUUUACAGGAUGGUUAGGGGGACAAGAGACCAAGGCAAAUACUACAAGCAUUUCUGAUAGUGUUCCUGGUUUUCCGUUUACCUCUAGCAGUUUAUGCUGACAUAGGUAGUUUGACUUAGGUAGAUGCAAAACUGUUGUAUUUUCUGGAAAUUCAAGGUAGAGGAUGGAUAACUUAUUUUAACAUAGUACUUUUAGACACUGUAAGAUCUUUUUUGACAUUUGAAAUCUAGAAAGUUAGAAUGAGAAUAUUCCUUUAGUCAUGGACUUUAAGGGGGGGUCUUGGUCUAUGCUCUUACAAUAUCCAAAGAUGUCUUUAUAUAUUACUCUCCCACCUAUAGAUAUUUCUGUGUUUCCUCAAGACAUAUAUUUGUUUUGUGCCAGACUGUUAGAUUCUUUCCACUGACAGUGAAACCUGGGGUUGUGUUCAUUAGGGCACUCAGUGAAAAAAAGAGAAAAUAAUUCAGCGAAAACAAAAAAUAGCAUUUAGGCCUACUUAUUCAACAAGUCCAGGUAAUCCCUCCCGGUUUCAUUUUGUUUUCUUCUGAUUGUGCCUGAUGAACAUAAUACAGAAAAUCUUUCGACUUUGAUAAAUAUGAUUUGAUUUCAAUACGUCAGUACAUCAUGAAAGAUAAAUGACGCUUUCCUAUUAACAUUUAUGUUAAUGCACAUCACUCCCUUUACGUCAUUGCACUAUUGACACAUAUCUUAAACUAUGCAAGUAUGUUUUUUCAAUUGAAUAACCAAAUAUUAUUUACAAUAUAGUUUUAAUUGAUUAUUAUGUAAAUUUGUGAUCAGAAGUCACAUGCUAUAUAUGCGUUAUAUUAUUAAUAAGCAAAGUUUUAAGGUACUUGCAACCGUUUAUGCACUUACUUUCCUUCAAAUUACAGUAUGACUGUAUUCACUCUAAAACAAACAGUUUAUAUUAUGAGUAGAUUCAUAAUAUCUAUCCGAUGGAGUUUCCAUUUAAUAUAUUUUAUGGAUGAUUCUUGAAUAGUGACACGUCAACGGUAAACUGUGUGCAGCAUAAAAGUUUGACUUUUGAUUUCUAGUUGUAUUUUAAAUCAAAUAAAAUGCAUGUUUAAACAUUAAUGACUGUACAAUAGUUGUUUUACCAUGUUACAUGCCCAGAGCUGUGUAUAUAGAGAACUUCCUGUGUACUGUACAUUUCCCCCUAUUUCCUAUGCUUGUUAGAAAUGUUAACUGUUACAUCUCUCAGCGGGCAUUAUGCAUCCUUAUUUGUCAUUCAUUAAACUUUAUUUGGUCAUUUUCGA